AUGGGAAUCUCCUCCUCCUUCUUAUUGAUGGCUACCAGAGGACAGGACCACCAGGACUUCCAAGGAGGGCAGGGCUUCAGACUACCUUCGUCCCAGCCUUCAGUCCUAGCUUUGAUUCACCUGCCUGUUUUUCUACCUGUGUUUUACCAUUGCCUGCCUGUGACCACGAUUCCUGCCUUCUGCCAAGGGGAAAUAAACGACCUGCUGCACUCUGCAUGUGAAUCUACACCUAUUUCUCCCUGUGUUUUCAUUACGGGAGAAAGAGACCAGGUUAUUUCAGAAAAUACAUCUACAAGAGAAAGAGACCAGGUUAUUUCAGUUAUUUUUACAGAAAAUACAUCUACAGGAGAAAGAGACCAGGUUAUUUCAGAAAAUACAUCUACAAGAGAAAGAGACCAGGUUAUUUCAGUUAUUUUUACAGAAAAUACAUCUACAGGGAGAAAGAGACCAGGUUAUUUCAGAAAAUACAUCUACAAGAGAAAGAGACCAGGUUAUUUCAGUUAUUUUUUACAGAAAAUACAUCUACAGGAGAAAGAGAAUAGUUAUUUUUUACAGAAAAUACAUCUACAGGAGAAAGAGAACAGUUAUUUUUUACAGAAAAUACAUCUACAGGAGAAAGAGAUCAGUUAUUUUUACAGAAAAUGCAUCUACAGGAGAAAGAGAUCAGUUAUUUUUACAGAAAAUGCAUCUACAGGAGAAAGGGAACAGUUAUUUUUACAGAAAAUACAUCUACAGGGAGAAAGAGAACAGUUAUUUUUACAGAAAAUACAUCUACAGGGAGAAAGAGAACAGUUAUUUUUACAGAAAAUACAUCUACAGGAGAAAGAGAACAGUUAUUUUUACAGAAAAUACAUCUACAGGAGAAAGAGAACAGUUAUUUUUACAGAAAAUACAUCUACAGGAGAAAGAGAACAGUUAUUUUUACAGAAAAUACAUCUACAGGAGAAAGAGAACAGUUAUUUUUACAGAAAAUACAUCUACAGGGAGAAAGAGAACAGUUAUUUUUACAGAAAAUACAUCUACAGGAGAAAGAGACCAGGUUAUUUCAGUUAUUUUUACAGAAAAUACAUCUACAGGAGAAAGGAGGGAUCACACCGUGGUUUCCUCAAACCAGAUGGACAAGCCCCUUCCUCCUCCACAGAGUUCCUGCCCCCUCCACAGAGCCCCUUCCUCCUCCACAGAGCCCCUUCCUCCUCCACAGAGUUCCUUCCUCCUCCACAGAGCCCCUGCCUCCUCCACAGAGUUCCUGCCCCCUCCACAGAGUUCCUGCCUCCUCCACAGAGUUCCUGCCCCUUCCACAGAGCCCCUACCUCCUCCACAGAGCCCCUACCUCCUCCACAGAGCCCCUUCCUCCUCCAAAGAGCCCCUUCCUCCUCCACAGAGCCCCUUCCUCCUCCACAGAGUUCCUGCCCCUUCCACAGAGUUCCUGCCUCCUCCACAGAGUUCCUGCCUCCUCCACAGAGCCCCUACCUCCUCCACAGAGCCCCGACCUCCUCCACAGAGCCCCGACCUCCUCCACAGAGUUCCUUCCCCCUCCACAGAGUUCCUGCCUCCUCCACAGAGUUCCUGCCCCCUCCACAGAUCUCCUGCUGA